UCCCUUCCCUCUCCAAGGUUCUCCCUCCCUGAUCCUUGGUUUCUGCCCCCCCACUAGAGCCCUCAAUCCCAGCUCCGCCAUCCACCUCUAGGCUUUCUGAGGUUUCCCUCCCUUGCCUUGGCGCUCUCUGCCUCAGACCCCUGUCUCCCUCCCACCGCCUCCAGGGUGUUCCUCUAACCCUCGCACACCUCCCCACCAUCACUUGUGCCACCAUGACUGUCAUGGCUGGAGACAACGUGGAUGAGACCUCUGCCCUGCCUGGCCACCCCCAAGACAGCUACCAACCAGGUGCCCAUGACGACCAUGAGUGCUGUGAGCGGGUUGUGAUAAACAUUGCUGGGUUGCGCUUUGAGACCCAACUGAAGACCCUAGCCCAGUUUCCCAACACGCUGCUGGGCAAUCCCAAAAAGCGCAUGCGGUAUUUCGACCCCUUGCGCAAUGAGUACUUCUUUGACCGCAACCGGCCUAGCUUUGAUGCUAUCCUCUAUUACUACCAGUCUGGAGGCCGGCUCCGCAGGCCGGUCAACGUGCCUCUAGAUAUGUUCUCUGAGGAGAUCAAGUUCUACGAGCUGGGUGAGGAAGCCAUGGAGAAGUUCCGGGAGGAUGAAGGGUUCAUCAAGGAGGAGGAGAGACCCUUGCCCGAGAAGGAAUACCAGCGCCAAGUGUGGCUCCUCUUUGAGUAUCCAGAGAGCUCCGGGCCAGCCAGGGUCAUUGCAAUAAUCUCUGUCAUGGUGAUCCUCAUCUCCAUAGUGAUCUUCUGUCUAGAGACUUUACCGGAUCUGAAGGAGGACAAAGACUUCACAGGGACCCUGCACCGCAUUGACAACACCACCGUGAUCUACAAGUCCAACAUUUUCACCGACCCCUUCUUCAUCGUGGAGACCUUGUGCAUCAUCUGGUUUUCCUUCGAGCUGGUGGUGCGCUUCUUUGCUUGUCCGAGUAAAGCUGAGUUCUUCAAGAACAUCAUGAACUUCAUUGACAUAGUGGCCAUCAUCCCCUACUUCAUCACCCUGGGAACUGAGAUGGCUGAACAAGAAGGAACCCAAAAGGGGGAGCAGGCCACCUCUCUGGCUAUUCUGCGAGUCAUCAGACUGAUGGCUCUUGGGCAGCCUGCCCCAGAAUGGCAGAACAUGAGGAACUAAAGACCAUCACUUACUGCAGCAUCCACCAGGCAGGCAACCAGACUGGAGGGCUGCACAUUUUUUUCUCUUGGACUUCCCAAGAGGUAGGUGAGAGAGAGGCUCCCCAUUUCCCAGUUGAGCAUCUACCCCUUCCUUCCUCCCUUCCCCCACAAUCCCUCUGGAACCUUUCAGAUCUUAAAUCCAAUACAGGUCCUUCAAGGAAUCCUUUCCCAUUCAGUCCCACCUCCUUUCCCUGCUCCCACCCUGAUCUGUGGAAGGAAGCACUGCUGGGAGAAGGCAUCUUCUGCAAUAUGCAAGCCUUGACCGCUAGGUCCUGGAAGACGACAGCUUUCCAUCCUGACCAACGUAGGCACUAAUCUUUAUUUUUCUAAAGGACCAAGUUGAGAAUCUUCAUUAUGCACUUAGCAUGUGGCCAUCUGCUGUCGAAACCCCUCUCCCUUCCACACUGUACAGACCCCUUUCCCCCACUCCCAUCUUAUAUCUAUCUAUCUAUAUAUAUGUAUAUAGUGAGACAUUUAUGGUCUAAAAAAAUUCACUCUGCAGUUAACGCACAAGCCCAACCUGCUGGGUUUACAGAAAGACUUGACUUCUCGCUUGUUUGGCAUCUGUGAAUCUUUAAUGAUGGGAAAGUGAUCAAGGACAGAGGGAACCUCUCCACUCAAAACAGCUGCAAAAUGUCUGGUAAAACAGGGCAUUCAGUUCUCCAGGUAGAUGACAUCAAGCUUCUUUCCUGGCCCCUAUCUGUUCACACCCCCCACGACACACCUGUCCCACCAAAAAUUAGAAUCUGGUGGUCCUGAUCUUUCCAAACUCUGAAUUCUAGGAUACAACUUCCCAUGUUGAAACUGACUUGAAUGCUGCACUCCAUUAAAAACAGCAAUAAUCAGUGCUGUGGGACUGAUGAUCAGAAAGUAGCACCCGAGAGAUGAGGCCUCACUUUGGUAACUUGGUUUCUAUAGCAGUUGGGGGUCCGCAUCUUAGUUUAACUAAUAGACUGAUUAUUCUGCAUGUGUAAAGAGACAAGUGCAUGCAGUGGUUCUUUUUUGGCAGGGGCUUGGGUGAAUCAUUAGGGUGUGGGGUGGCUUGGGGAGUCUGAAUGUUGCUUACCCAUUUAUAGUUCAUUACAAAGGAACUAAUAAGUAUGGAGUACAGGGAUUUAACCUCAUGUAGCAUAGGCAUGUGUUUCUGGCAAGUUUGACAAAAAAGCUCUUACCCCUUGCACUAAAUGUGCUGAAAUGUCUUUGUAGGCCUGAAGGUGCACUUAACAACUGCCUGUUCUUACCAAUAAAUGUAUUUUUCUUUUUUACAUUUUGUUUUCUACUGUAUUUCUUUUGGUGAAUGGCUCAAGCUCAAAAUGAUUGUUUACUCCUGUGGAAGAGGACUGGAAAAAAUGGCCUGAUGGCCAAUUUAUCAUUUUCCUAAAGGAAAGGAAGAUGCCUUAGUUCAAUAGGGUGGUUUAGGGAGACCAGGCUGUGUCAGAGUUGUCUGAAUUAUCAGCUGUUGCUGAAAUUAUAAUCAUAAAUCUAUGGUGUGCCAGAGAACUAUAACUCAACUAAAAAAUGGUGGUGGGGGGAAGGGUCUGGGGGGGCAGUCAUCUUCCUUAUUAGAAGAACCAAUGGAAUGAAAAAUGUUACCAAAAAAAAGAGAAAAAUGCUACCAGAUUUCUCUGUCGUGUAAUUCAGCUGAAGUCAAUGAAUCUGAUCUCUGCAGGGCUUGUCUGCACAGAGUGGUUAGUGGGCACUAGCUACUCCAGGCUAACUCCCAGUUAAAACUGAAAGACUUUUCUCCACUGGGACAGUCAGAAAAGUUCAUUCAGAUUAAUUAAUGGUAUGAGUUGACAGUGAAUUACUGUUUAAAACCCUAUGUGAUGCUUGUAUCCAGAAUUGAAGUUUUAAAUUUUAAUUAGGUUCAUGAAGAGCACAAGUACCACACUGGGUCAGGCCACAGGUCCCUCUAGCCCUGUAGCUUAUCUCUCACCAUGGCAAAGAGCAGAUGCUGAGUAAGAGUUUUUAAGCAUGACCUGUCCACACUGAUCUAUCCCUUGCCCCUCUCUCCCUACAGCUUCCAGCAUUUAGAAGCUAGUCCUAAUCUGAAGGUUGAACCUUUUACAAUAAUGUUUAAUAUCUGUUCCUAGAUUUAUUCUGUAUGAAUUUGUCUAAUCUUCUUUUGAACCUGGUGAAAUGAUCAGCCCCUACAAUAUCCUGUGGUAAUGAGUUCUGCAAGUUAAUUAUGUGCAGUAUGAAAAAAUUCCUUUUGCUAAUUUUAAACCUUCUUCCUAAUAAUUUCAUUGUAUGUCUCCUAGUUCAGUUUGGAACUGAAGCAAGCUAACUUGAAUUUAGACCACUCCUAUUCAGAAUAUGAGUGUCCAUGGAGGGAUUUAAAGUUGUUUGACUUAUCUACUUUAAAAGUUAAUUCCAAUUAAUUAUCUUUAGUGACUUCAUAUAGAUAAGCCCCUUGCCUGCAUGAAGUGCAAGGCCACUUAUCCCACUUUAAAAGUGGAGGAAGCACUCAACACAGGGAGUUAAUGUGGAGUAAUUCAUGGGUUGUAAAUUCACCCCAGAGCUUACUGUGCUGUAUUGUAGACAAGCUCUUGCUGGCUCAACCCAGCUGCCUCUAGUGCAACUCCUUUGACUUUGUUGAUUUACUUCUGAUUUAUACAGGCGAAAUCAACCCCCUGAUUUUAGUGUCAGAGUUAGGGAUGAAUAUGACCCAGGGUAAUUAACUUCUAGUCACACAUUCUUGUAAAUAUGCAUGUCUUCAACUGUAUUCUUAUACACAAAGUUAAAUGCAUCUGUAAAUAUUUGAAGGUUAGAAGACUGUGCCCAACUCUACAGUCCCAACUUAAGCAAAAGUCCUGUUGGCUGAAGUAGGAAUUUUGCCCAAGGAGAGAUUUCAAAGAUCAGAUCAGGAUCUUCUUAGGAAAUCAGUUAUGUAUAAUUAAUUAGGGAUGGCAUUGGAUAAAUAGAUGAAUGAACCAAUGGCAACUUUGUUCUCCUUGAGUUUUGGCUAGGGGACAAUUGUUUAAUUAAAUGAAUGUACAGAGUGUUUGCUUCACUGAUACAGCUGGAACACGAGAAAUAUAAAGCAUAACAUGUUUUAAAUGUAAGGCACUGAGGGCCAGUUUCACCAUUUAAUAUCUCAGUCUUUGGGCAAUGCAGAAUAUCUUUCAUGUAUAUCUGUGCAUUGUGUUAUAAUUGAAAUAAUCACAUUUUGGGAAGGGGAAAAGGAAAAAUAACAUGGCUUAAUAAAGCAGGCUGGAAAGUCUUAUUUAGAAACAUGCUUAAUGUAUUUUCCUUCCUUUGACUUUAAAUUGACUACUUCUAUUUAGCAGAAUGACAUUCAGGGUUUAUUUCAUGCACAAAGCAGAAAAGAGUUAUAUCACAGAUUCUAGGUGCUUACUCAGGAAGGGCCUGAUUUCAAAUUUUUUUCCAUACUUAAUAUUUCCAUUGACUUCCAUGGUAAUUUUGGGUUAAUAGGAAAUACAGAAUUGGUUCCAAAUUGUGAUUCACCAUUUUUAGUCAUGAGGCUAGGUAGAAUUGGCAAGCUGUCUUUAGCAAUUGCGCGACAUUAUUAUAAAGAAUGGAAACUACAAAACAAACUUUUUUUUUGGAAUUGCCUAAACAGGAAUCUGCAUUUCAACAGUUUUGUCAGGUGAAGAUUUUUUUUAAAUUUAGGAAUAGCAAAUGUUGUCUUUCUGCAUCCUAACUUCAUCAGAAGUGUCAGUACUUAUCACCAUCAUAAAACUUCAGGGUAUUGUAACUUUUUCUUCCUUGUAGGUGAAGUAUACACAAAAAAGGCCAGCAGUUUGUAUUAUCAAGGCAUACUAUACCUUGAUAUUUUUUAAAGAAAUAAAAUGAAGCUGAGGUCUUAAUUCAGAAUUGUUUGAAAAUAUCCUAUUUGUAUCUGUGUAGCUCUGUUCAUUUCACCUGUUCUCAGAGUCUAGUGAAUAUUAUCCAAGGCUAUAAAAAUAUAUCCCUUUCCCUUUAUGUUCUCUCUGAUAACUAAGUGAGUAUGUGUUGCAUUAAAUUCCUUCAGGUGCAUUAGUCGUUAAUUACUGUUAUUGUUUCAAUGACAUUUCUACAAUGUAAUUGGAAUCAAAUGUAUAUUUUACUUUUGUACAAAAGUAAAAAUAAUAUUUUUAUGACUUCAGCAAAAAACCCUUAUACCUAUAACUUCUUAAAA